AUGCCCACGCCGAAGAAGCGCACGCCGAAGACGCGCGCGGGCCGCGCCGCCGCGGGGCUCAGCCUCGCGUCGCUCAUGUCGACGGCGCCGACGACGGAGCUGGACGACGACGUCUUCGACCCGAGCGGCGGCGCGACGACGGCGUCGACCGCGAGGCGCGACGACGACGACGACGACGACGACGACGGCGCGUCGCCGUCCUCCUCCGACGGCUUCGGCGGCGAUGACGACGACGACGACGACGCGGGAGGACGUCGCGGCGACGACGACGACGGCGUGUUCGCGCCGACGAGGGAGGACGCGCGCGCGGCGGCGGCGAGCGGAAAGGGGAGACUCCGAAUGCGCGGAGACAUCGCGCUGACGCGCGGGGAGUACGCGGGGAAGAGCUCGACGAGACGCGCGAUCGAGGAGGCGUGGGAGGGCGGCGGCGGCGAAGGCGACGAUGAUGAAGAGGAGGAGGACGAGAGCGAGGAGGAGGAGGAGGAGGACGCGUCCGACGCGUCCGUCGAGGACGAGGACGAGGAAGAGGAAGAGGAGGAAGAUCUCGACGGGGAGGAAGCGUCCGACGACGACGCGUCGGAAGAGGAGGACGUGGACGAAGACGACGGCGCGAUGGCGCUCGCGGGGGGAUACGGAGACGGCGGCGGCGACGACGAGAUGGACCUCGACGACGACGACGACGACGACGACGACGACGACGACGACGACGACGCCGACGACGCCGCCGACGCCGCCGACGACGACGACGACCUCGCCGCGGAACUCGACGCGCACAGACGCGAGGAACGAGAGGCGAACCGCCUCGCGGCGACCAAGUCGCAGAACGCGCUCAAAGCACAGGCGGUGACGCACCAGAACGCGCUCUGGGAGCGGUCGCUCCGAUGCCGCAUCGUGUUACAGCGCGCGAUGCACGCGGCGGCGAAGCUGCCGACGCCGUCGUAUCACGCCGCGAUAACGCGCGACGACGAGGACGCGUUCGCGUCGUCGCGCGCGACGUCCGCGAGCGCGCGCGCGGCGCUGGGGGCGCUGCUGCGGCUGCAGGCGGCGCUGAUCGAUUCCAACCCCGCGAUCGCGGCCGCCGCGGAGACGGGGGAGGGAGAGGGAGAGGGGAAAAAGAAACGGAAGACGCGCGCGGCGUCCGCGGCGAUCGACGACGCGGUCGUCCGCGACGGGUCCGCGGACGACGUGUGGAAGCACGCGGACGCGAUGUAUCAGAGGUACGCCGCGUUCAGGGACGCGUCGUGCGACCGGUGGCACCGGAAGGCGGCUGCGCAGGUUGGGAAACUCGCCGGCGGCGGCGGCGGCGGCGGCGGCGGCGGCGGCGGCAUGACGGCGUUCAACCAGAGCAUCUCCGCGCAGGUCUCCAACGCGAUGCGCGUGCCGGACCGGCUCGUCGAGCGGUCGCAGCCGCCGGCGCACCUCGCGCCACGACGCUACGGCGAGCCGCGGGAGAAGGAGGGAGCCGCGGGCGAGAAGGACGGAUCCGCGGGGGGACCCGGGACGGGGAAAGAAAACGAAGGGGGGGUCGACGCGGACGACGAGGGGUUUGCCGUCGCCGCCGCCGCCGCGGCGAUGCGCGAAGCGCGCGUCCCCGAGCUGUACGACGACGCGGACUUCUACGAGCAGGUGUUGAAAGAGUUCUUGGAGUCCGCGGGCGCCGGCGGCGCGGGGAGCGGCGGGAGCGGCCUCGCCGGUUUCGCCGCCGCGGCGAAACCGCCGAAGCGAAGAAAAAUCGUCGACCGCCGCGCGUCCAAGGGCCGGAAGCUGCGGUAUCACGUGCAGCAGAAGCUCGUGAACUUUUGCGCGCCGGUGGAGUUGGAGGUGCCGGAGUGGGCGGAGAAGGUGUUCGCGAGGCUGUUCGCGUCGAACGCGUGA